AUGGCUUCUCUAGUAGCUGCAAAGAACCAGCUGCGUUCUGUCAUGAAGGACAGGCUCGCUCUCAUUGCCCACGAAUCCAUCAACACUCAGAGCCGAGCAGUAUUUGAGACGCUCAAGACCUUUAAACCAUACGUGGAAGCACAGAGGGUCAGCGUCUUCCUCUCUAUGUCCUUUGGCGAAAUCCAGACAGACCAAAUCGUGCGCCACGCUCUGUCAGCAGGAAAGCACGUCUACGUUCCGUACUUACACAAGUCGCCUUUCCCGCCUGGGGAGACGCCGCCCAGGGUCAUGGACAUGGUCCGUCUCCGCGACAUCCACGACUACGAAUCACUUCAACCUGACAAAUGGGGCAUCCCCAGCAUUGACCCCGAGACGGUACACCAGAGAGAUCGCGUCCUAGGCGAGCCUGGUGCCGAGUCCCCUGAUUCCUCCUUCUUGGACCUGAUGCUACUCCCCGGGGUCGCAUUCGACGUCGACGAUAACUCGGGCUCACUACGGCGCCUUGGACACGGAAAGGGCUUUUAUGAUCUUUUCAUCCGCAGGUACACGGCAAAGUAUGACGGGGAGCUGUCGUCUCCCAAGCGUCCUGUAUUGCUCUACGGCCUGGCUCUCGCGGAGCAGUUCAUCUCUCGACCCUCCGACGGACCUAUUCCCGUGGCUCAGCAUGACCAACCACUCCAUGGUCUCGUUUUGGGCAACGGAAAGGUCAAGAGGCCGGCAGAUAGUUCCCACAACAAAUAG